GCAUCCCCAGCCCUGGUCCCACCAGUCAGUCCUCACCAUGCUCUCCCAGCACCAGGACUGAUCUUCAGGGGGAACUAACCUAACGUUCAUGUCUUUAGCUCCUUCUGCUCCUUUACCUCACCCACUGCUGUCUGUCUGUCUGUCUGUCUAUCUGUCUGUCUGCUCUUAAAGCCCUGCGUCACCCCUCGCUCCUAGACGGGAGUAGAACAUGGAGCACCACUGUGCUCUCUUGACAAGGUAAGAGCUUUUUGAAUGAUACAUGUAUUAUUAACGUAGUUAUUUAUAUGUUGAAGUGGUAAUAUCUGGGUGGAUUGGCAUAUUUGUGUGUUCCACUUGACUCUGACCUUGGUGUGGGGAAAUCGUGAGGUAAGAGUUUAGUCAGGCUUACUGUUGUCUUAACAUAAUAUAUUUUUAAUUGAUUCAUUCAUUCUAGUCUGAGGACUUGCUAAUUAGGAAAUUAUGAACAGUAUGACAUUCUCUCAGUAGCAGUGUUUCCCAAACAUUUCCUCUUGUAUCCUCAGCCAUUCCACUUAUCUGAUGCAUUCCAGAGCCAGAUUACGCCAUUCAAAUACUGUAAUGAGAGGCUUGGUUAUUAGUUGACCAGUUGAAUCAGGUGUGCUACAACUGGAAUACAUCAAAUAACUGGAAUGGCUGAGGGUACUACAGGAGAGAUUUGGGAAACAGUGCUCGGUGGGAAUCUACUCAUUUCAUCACUGAUACAUUUAGUGAGAUAUUUCAUCUGAAAAUAUAUAUUUUGUAAUGAAAACUUAAUGAUUUCUACUAUCAGAUUUCUAGUAUUAGAUUCCCCUGAAUCAUUGACUCACUCCAGAAUAAUGACAAAUCCUUGCAGAUCUUUUAUUAGAAAUAGGAAAUAUUCGUGCUUGAAUUUAUACAGCCAUAAAAUUAACCAGUGAUAUUGGAGGCUGGUUAAUAGAAGCUCCAUGGCCAGAGGCCAAGAUUGAGAUAGCACAGCUUUAUAAUCUGGCCCGAAUGCACGCACACACACAGACUAUAAACCUUGCUUUGUGGGUAUUCAAACAGGGGGAAAAUAAAAGAUGUUAAACCUUAAGAACAAAACUUCCUUUCCUCCUUACCUCUCCAGUGGGGUGGUCAACUGUGUCUUUGUCAUGGCUUAUGGCUCUGUUAAAAAGCUGUCUGGCCUCUCGAAUAGCCCCUGUGGUCUGUCACCUUUUGACCCCUGUGGGGACGAGAGUGACACACACACACACACACACACACACAUAUUUUUGACUUUUAUUGCCUUAAAGCUUUGUCUGUGGAAUGCUCCCAAAUUAUUAGCUGACUAAUUAAAGUGAGUGAUAGGUUUAAUUUGUAAGGCUGAGCUGCAGAGAGUGGAACAGGGAUCCAGUUGGUGUAAUUAAGACAAAUGAGAGCAAUGGAAGUCACGCCAGGAGAGCUGGCUUACUACACGGUCCAGGCUCUGGGACGCUGAGGGACAAGGCCAUAUGAGUGGCACAGCGAGGAGGCCAGAAAACAUUCAAACAAGCUCUGGAUGCUGGAGAGCACACACUGUGCUUUUCACUCAGAGAGAGUAAUGACUGAUCACCGAGUUGUAAUUGCUCUUGAUGAAAGAGGCACAAUCUUGAAGAUGUUUAUGUUCUCAUCAGUAAUGCCCUUGACCUUUCACGACACAGUACUAUAGACUAGAAACUCUGGCUGAGAUGCAGCAUAUUGAUUAAAAAUUUUCCCCUGAGAAUAGAGUUGUUGAGGUUGUUUCCCUGUUGACUUGGUUUAUAGUUUAAUCUGUGGCCUGAGAACAUAGUAUGGGAAAAAGUCAAAACACAAUUGCUUUUACAAAUAUAUUUUCUGCAGCUCAAGAGCUGAUGUUAAGACAGCUGUCAAGCUUUCCCCAGACCAUCAGUGACAGAAUGUUUUUGAUGCUAUUUCUUGCUGUGACAGUUUAUCUCCAGGGGUUGGAAGUCUAUUGUACACAAGGCAUCAAAGAACACCAAGCUUUCCUUUCCUGUAUGUUACAGCAUCAGACUGGAUCUAAGGACAAAUGCAAAUUAAAAUGCCCCAAAGCUGUUAGCAUAGAAGGACAUCUCUGUUGUGAAUGAACCCCUAUUAGUGCUACAUUGUAUUCUCUUUCUUUCUCUCUCUCUCUCAAUUUCAAUUUCAAUUUCAAUUUAAGGGCUUUAUUGGCAUGGGAAACGUGUGUUAACAUUGCCAAAGCAAGUGAAGUAGAUAGUAAACAAAAGUGAAAUAAACAAUAAAUAUUAACAGUAAACAUUACACUCUGAAGUUUCAAAAGAAUAAAGACAUUUCAAAUGUCAUAUUAUGUAUAUAUACAGUGUUGUAACAAUGUGCAAAGCUCUCCCUCUCUCUCUCUCUCUCAUGCCUCACACUAAAGCUGCUCAGCACAACUAGUGCCCACAUGGAAGUGCAGGGAAAGAUCAUUUCACAGUAAAGGUGGGUGUACUGUACUGUGGUCCAGGGUUCCUGUCAGUGAAAGCCCUCCCCAUAACCAUUAUAAGGUCAGGGCUGUUCUUGGCUGCCAGGUAGAUAGAUUGAUGGGCAUGGGGAGAUGCAGGGCUGCCAGCCUGUAGUUAUUUGGGCAGCAUCCUCCAUGGUGAAGCAUAUAUAUGUUAGUGGCUAACUGCCUCUUCCCUCUCUCCUCUGUAGGGGCCUUGCUGAGUAAGCCAUUAGUCACUUCUCUGACAGCACCCACCUCUCUCUCCCUGUCUUCCCUGUCUCCUUAAAGUCGGAAUCCGUAGCGAUGAAACUGCCACGUUCGCUUGCGAUAUUACAACAACAAAGACGUUACUUCAAACAAAAAUCAAUUUGCGGACAUCAUUGCACGUGCGAUAGAACAGCAGAGUAUGUACUGCACAUUUUUUUCUUCUUGAUGCUGGAGAUCCUCACUGCCGUUUAAUAAACAAAACAAAAGCAAUACCAAAUGUGCCGAGGGGCGCUGUUUCUCCUAAUGCAGAUCAAAGCUUUAACACACCACUGAUCAUCUCUCUUUCUAAAAUAGACCUCCAUAUACACUCUCUGCCAUUACACACUGCCUUGGUGCCUCGGCCCAUCACUCCAUAUCACCCUGCCUGUCAGCCUUCUGAUAGGGCUGAUGAAAAGGCUGUGGAGGGUUGAGGAAAACAAGGCCAGGGGAGGGAAAGAGAUAGAAUUGUCUGUGGUGCAGUCUAAUUUCUUAGUCUGUGGAGUCUGAGGACACACAACACAAUGUUGUGGUUUUAUGUAGUACACAUUCAUGUGUAAGCCACAGGAGGUGCCAUUCCAUUCACUCUGUUCUGGCCAUUAUUCUGAGCCGUCCUCCCCUAAGCAGCCUCCUGUGGUGUAGGCCUAUGUAUGACAAUGGCUGUCUUUCUACGACACAAUGUCUGUCUUUACUGUGUGUAGUUAUUACUCCACUAUUUCUGUAAGCUUACUUAGUAUGGACAGACAUUCGUAUUCUGGAGUUGAGCUAAUGUAUUAGACAAUGUACACUCGUGUCUGGCAUAACUAAAACAACACCCGACUGCUUAUGAACAUCAUCAUGACACAGUUUCCCCCAUUACAUGUCAAAGGAGAAAUGUAUGGGUUUCUGUAUUGCUGGUGCUCCAUGAUAACAUGUGCUUGUGUUGUCAUAAGGUCUUCAUCUAUCAAACUGAUUGUAAUCGUUCAUAUACAGUAAUGAUCAGUAUGUCACAUAUGUCACUUCUGUCAGAUAAUAUUUAUGUGUCUACGUGAGUUGUAAUCUCUUUUAAUGUGCCGCUACUCUAAAGCUUUAUUAAUUCAGGCCAAAGACAUGGUAGACAUGAUGACUGAAGACAUCAGAUCACUGACCCAGCUGUCUUUUCUCUCGCUCUCCCUCUCUCCCUCUCUCUCUCUCCCUCCCUCCCUCUCCCUCUCUCCCUCUCUCUCUCUCCCUCUCUCUCUCUCCCUCACUCUCUCUCUCUCUCUCUCUCUCUCUCUCUCUCUCUCUCUCUCUCUCUCUCUCUCUCACCUUCUCUCUUUCUCUCCCUCUCUCUUCUCUCAGGAAGCGACCAUGGCACCCAGCGAGGUUGCUGUACCCCUCUACCUGCAUGGCCCUCCUCUCUCUGCUACUCUCUCCUGCCCUCGGUCGUAAGUUACCCAGAAGCCUUCAGGGUCAUGAUGGACACGUAACGGUGUACUACUAGGAUGUGGAAGUUGUUUCAGAAUACUAUCACAAGUCAUUCCAUUUAUUACAAAUGCAAAUCUAUGAUUAAGACAGAAACAUCAGAUGUAGUGUAGUCAACUGUACUAGUCUGUAAGAUUAAUUCAGAUAAUCUCUAGUUUCUUAAUUGUUACAGAUGCCGUAUCUUAAUUUGUUAAUCCUGUUGUUGUUCUGCACAGCAGGAAAUGCAAACUUGUAGUGUAUUUGAGGUUUAAAAAGGCUUCUAAAGUUUGUAAUUUCCACGUAAAAAUGUAUCAACCCCUACAAAAAAUUGAUAUUAAUUAUUAUCCACAUAAUGUAGCAAAGUGUAGCAAACUGGCUCAAAUUAAGAUCCUACAUCUGUAUAAGCCUCUCUCGCGAGCUGUCAGAGAAAUGCAAUAACACAUCUAUCCACAUUAUGGGAUGUUUUUCACCAUCAACACAAAUACAAUACAGACUUGGGGUAUACUUACAGCAGUAAACGAACAAAAUGGUUAUUCUUAUUACAUGUAAAGUGAAUGCCAUCUUAUAGCACGGUUUACUGUUGCAGUACAAGCACAUGAUGUGUGGUCUAAUAGGUAGCUAGAUUACUUUCCUUUUGGAAAUGGUCUGCUUACAUCCACUAGUCACCAUUAUAGCACUCAGUCACACGUGACGGCGGUGUUGUAAAAGCUGAGCUGAGGUCCAUCUCCAUCUACUGCUCAUUUAGCGUAAUGAAUAGGCUGCUAAAACACAUGGUAGCAUCCCAAAUGGCACCCUAUUCCCACUAUAGUGCACUACUUUUGAUCAGGGCCUGUAGGGAUCUGGUAAAAAAAAUAGUGCACUAUAUAGGGAAUAGGGUGCCAUUUGGGACACAACCCAGGGUAUUGGCGAGGGAGUGGUUAUAGACUUACAGCUCACACUGCACAGCGAGAGAAGUGUUUAUGGCUAGUAAACACACAGGAUAAAUACCAUCUCCUCAAAGUAUCUCCUCUACUCAGCAGUUAUGGUGGAACCGAUAGGGUCUUCCAGAUGUGUUGCCUCCACACUCUGCACCUCCAAAUGAGCUGACUCAGGUUAUUGACUCUGGGAGCAGAGUCUAGAAGGCCUCUGGCUCCCAGCGUUAUUUCAUUACUUCCAGAUCUAUGUUUCCUAGUUUCCCCUGCACUGCGUUUUCACCCUCAUACAGUGGCUUGCGAAAGUAUUCACCCCCCUUGGCAUUUUUCCUAUUUUGUUGCCUUACAACCUGUAAUUAAAAUAGAUUUUUGGGGGGUUUGUAUCAUUUGAUUUACACAACAUGCCUACCACUUUGAAGAUGCAAAAUAUUUUUUAUUGUGAAUCAAACAAGAAUAAAAAAAAAAAAAAAGAAAACUUGAGCGUGCAUAACUAUUCACCCCCCCCCCCCCUCUACAAAGUCAAUACUUUGUAGAGCCACCUUUUGCAGCAAUUACAGCUGCAAGUCUCUUGGGGUAUGUCUCUAUAAGCUUGGCACAUCUAGCCACUGGGAUUUUUGCCCAUUCUUCAAGGCAAAACUGCUCCAGCUCCUUCAAGUUGGAUGGGUUCCACUGGUGUACAGCAAUCUUGAAGUCAUACCACAGAUUCUCAAUUGGAUUGAGGUCUGGGCUUUGACUAGGCCAUUCCAAGACAUUUAAAUGUUUCCCCUUAAACCACUCGAGUGUUGCUUUAGCAUUAUGCUUAGGGUCAUUGUCCUGCUGGAAGGUGAACCUACGUCCCAGUCUCAAAUCUCUGGAAGAUUGAAUCAGGUUUCCCUCAAGAAUUUCCCUGUAUUUAGCGCCAUCCAUCAUUCCUUCAAAUCUGACCAGUUUCCUAGUCCCUGCCAAUGAAAAACAUCCAAAUACAAAUCCAUUUAAAUUACAGGUUGUAAUGCAACAAAAUAAGAAAAACGCCAAGAGGGAUUACUACUUUUGCAAGGCACUGUAUCAAACAGGAGGAGGAGAGGAGGAGAUUUGUUUUCUGAAUGUUGAAUACUUUAUAAGUUUCACAUUGAGAUGAUACUACUACAGUAGAGCAAGGCUCUUUAAUUAAACAUUAUCAAAUGUUUCUGCUCUCAUUGUUUCAAGGUUCAGUUAAAGCUUUAGUUGAGAAGGACAUUUCAAAAAUCACCUCAGGUGUUACGAAAUCCAAUUUAUUGCGGCUAACAUUAGCUAGGGGUUAGUGUUAAGCUGUAAAGUAGUCCAUGAUCAGAUUUGAACACACAACCUUUGGGUUGCUAGAUGUUUGCAUUAUACACCCACCUUCCCAGCCUUAAGUAACCUUCUGUCUUAUGUAACCAUACCAAACGUAACAUACUAAUUUGAGUGUCACGAAUUGACAUUUUUUAUUUGUUAUGUCUAGUCUAUGAGACCAGGGUGUUAUCUUUUGCAUCUUAUACUGUACUACAUACCUGUGUAUCCACUCACUACUGUAAGUCGCUCUGGAUAAGAGUGUCUGUUAAAUGACUAAAAUGUAAAUGCUGUGAACAGAAACAUCCUAACCAAGCUGCUGUCUCUGUGUGUUUUCCAUCAGAGUUAGAUCUCAACAGGUUAGAUGGGGACACAGCUGUCUGUCCUCCCAUGAGAAACGGACAAGAUGACCUUCCAGGUAAAGUAUAGAUAUUAACAAUCAUAUAUUUAUUUUAUUUUAGAAAUAAUGACUCUUUGAAUAUGUGUACUAACUUAGUCCUCUUCAACCCUGGUGGGACAUACUGUAAGACAGCAACAAUUUGCUUCCACUGCGGUCUGUCUUUGGCCCCAGCUUGCUUGCGCACUGUCCCAUGAGAUGUGGAUAUAGUUUAUGAUGUAAUCAAAGGAGACCUGCAUGGGAAGACAUAUUACAUAUCUCAUCGUUGUAUCAUACAAUACAAGACAUCUCAGGAGGUCUGAGCUAGUAGUUAUGAGAUGUCUUUCUGUAACCAAGUCUCACCUCGCAUCAAGACACCAGUUCAGAGGGGGCUCCGUAUGGAGCAAUAGUUCAACACUAUAGUCCCUGUGGUUUUUCUCUUUGCUGGACAGCAAAGACUUACAUUUUAAAUGCCCAGGAAACCACCAGCCUUGAGUCCCCUGUAGCUCAGUUGGUAGAGCAUGGCGCUUGCAACGCCAGGGUUGUGGGUUCGUUUCCCACGGGGGGCCAGUAUGAAAAAUGUAUGCACUCGCUAACUGUAAGUCGCUCUGGAUAAGAGUGUCUGCUAAAUGACUAAAAUGUAAAUUACAGAAAUCCCUGAGGAAGCAAAAUACAGAAGAUCACAACUAAGCUAGCUGCUGUGAUUGUUUAGUGAACUGGGCUGGGCUGCUUAAUUGCUUGAGACACGUUUAGAUUUCAAAUGAGACCACAUAAAAUAUUCUGCUGAAGCCUGACAGAUUUUAGUAGGAACAAUUCUAGCUCAGCAAGAUGUUAAUUGUUUACCAGCGCCCUGGCAGGAACAGAUGCACUAGCUACCUUCAAAUCACAUGGUGUACUAUGUGUUGCGAGCCCAGGCAGGGAAGGUACAGACCUAUGUAUAAGAGAACAACUAAUUAGAAUCAUAUGUUAGUCAUAUCACUGCACCCCGUGUUUCAUACAGCUUAUGAAACAAGAAUAAACCGUUAAACUUAGUAAAGUGGGGAAACACUGAAAUUCCUAAAUGUCCACUUUACAUGACUGAACCAGAAAUAUGCCCUUACACUUUUAUAACACUGUGUGUAGGAUAGAAAAAAGACCAGUACCUGUCAUUCGGAUGUGCGUCGUUUUCUUUUUGUACUCCUGGAAUACAGUAUAUAACAUACAGUAUAAUUCAUCAGAACGAUUCAAGAGAUAUGGACAAUUAAGUGAUAAGGCCUAGAAGCCGGUGUUUGGAGGAUAUAUUGGUACGGGUGUUGUUAGGCCCGAGACAAAGUCUCGGGCCGGCAAACCGUGCCAAUAUAUCCGCCAAACACCAGCUUCGAGGGCAUUAUCAUUUUUAUACAACGGGUUACCAACAUAUUCAAAUAAUGAUUUACAUAUUUUCAUUAAAAACGUUAUUUUGUUGAAUUUAUUCAUACUAUUUCAUCCUUCCACAAGAUAUAGUCCCGACACAAAUCUACGGUUGCUACCCAAGCCGGCUGGUUGUUUGUUCUAUCGGUUCGGUUGCCAGAGAUGCGACCCAGUCAUUCAGUCUUUUUGUUCUGUAUCUAUGGACGCGACCCAGUCGUUCGUUCUAAAUGUUCCAUUGCCAUACUGGCUGGCAACGUUCUUAUCCCUUGCUUGCUAGCCAACUAUGGCUAACUUACAGUCACGUCAAAAAGCAGCCAGAAUAACAGCAAAGUAGCUGCAUUUGCGUUUGUUUAAGCUGUUUUCUAGUGACAUUUAUUUAGAUACAUCCAUAGCAAUGAGCUAAUGAGGCAUGAUUUCACCUGGCAUAGAAAAUGUGCUCUCUCAUCAGGACACUGUUGUUCAGAGGAGCUAUCCAACAACACAACUAACACAAUCACUUCAAACUGAAGCUGGAAAGACUGCAAACUAGCUGCACUUCAUUUCGUUUUGACCUGUUUUCUAUUGAUAGGUCUUUGUAUAUAUCCAUAAAAAUGAUGCUGAUUCAUGAUUUCAACUGGCUGAGAAACGCUGCCUGCCUGUCUGUCUCAUCCUGAAUCCCGACACGUUCAUUACUAUGGGACAGCUGGAGAUCAAAUUUGAAUAUUGAAACAAUGUUGCAAAUGUCGGAGAGACAGAUAGCAAGGUUUAUACAAAUCUCCACUGUUGAAAACCAAAUGUUAGUCUAAAAGAAAUGUGAGAUAAUAUAUAGAUGCUUUUUAUUGUGGAGAUCAAGUUUAUAAAUUGCCUGGCUGGCUUGAUGAGACAGUGGAUUGCGCAGUCAGAUGGAACAGAGUAAAUAGGCAUUUUAACGUCAUAGAUUUAGCUGGUGGUAACUUGUGGAAUAGACACCAGCUGGAAUGCGCUUUUAACCAAUUAGCAUUCAGGACCCACCUGUUGUAUAAUACUGUAACAUAAUUCAUUCAGAACGAAAAGGAGAUAUCUGAAAAUCCGUUAACCUCUCUUUUAGGGUUUGAUCUGAUCACCCAGUUCCAGCUGGAUGUUAGUCCUCUGAAGGGGGUCAGGAAGGUGGAGGGCUCCACUCCUCUCCAGGUGGCGUACCGCCUCGAUAGGGAGGCCAACUUCCAGAUUCCUACCAGGUAAGGAAAGACAGAAAAAGCAUGAUGUUGGAGCUUGUCCGGGGCUCGAUGCAGGUGUUGUGUUAUUAUGGCUCAAUACGGAGGCCAGCUUUUCAAAUACCUACCAGGUAAAUAAAGAAUGAAGAAACCAGAAACAGAAACACACGCAUAAUCGCUACACUCACACACGCACACACGCACACGCACACGCACACACACGCACACACACAAAUAAAUACUUUCCCCUGGGUCGAAGCAGGUGUUGUAUUAUUGCAGGUCUCAGAGAGAUGUUAUCACACUGUGAAAAAGCUUAUAAUUGGCAGAGAACAACAUGUCUGAACUGAUUUGGCAUCUCUUGGCAAUGAGGGGGGAACGCAGCGGACCCCACCCCCCCAGACCCCCUGUAACCAUUAAAUAUCUCGUCCCGGAAACACAGAGACAUAUUUCAUCAUGCUGCAUUUUUUGUUGUAGUUUUAUUCACUUGUUUCUGUCUGUGCUCAUAAAGGAUUCUGGGAAUCAAAAGAGACAGGUGGUGACAGUCUGAGCAGCUUCCUGUGUGAAGAGAGAGAGAGUGUGUGUGUGUGUGUGUGUGUGUGUGUGUGUGUGUGUGUGUGUGUGUGUGUUUGUGUCUUGCCUAGAUCAAGCAGUGAAUGUGUGGGGAUCCUCUAGCCUGGUAUUCUACCAUGUAAAAAAAUAAAUAAGAAAACCACUGCACAAUCUUCCAUUUUCAGCUUAGACUGUUUGCAUAUUGCUUAGUAGGCUAGAAGUUGUUGUUACGUGGUUACCUUCUUACAUAACUAAAGCUGUCUUCUAGUGUUUCACUGCUGGUCUGGUCUGGCUAAUGACCUGUAUUGGGCCUGUUUUCACAUAAACUGUUAUGUAACAUACUGACACCUUCCAGUCUGCCUCAUGCCACUCAGGACAACGUGACACUAAUCACAAAAACAUGUAUCCCUCGGAGUCCAGUGGUCAGUCUGUCUGGGCUUUGAAGUCUGUCGUCAGAAAGGUUAAUUUCCGAUACCUGUGUACUUACCACUGCAGGGGAUAGAGGCCUAAAACUCAACACGCAUCAAACCCUGGCCUAGGCUGUGAGAUACUUUCUCCCAAGGUGCACUUCACACACACACACACACACACACACACAGGCACACUGCAGGAACGUUGGAGAGAGUGGUCUUCAUUUGUUUUAUUGGGUUACAGGAAACUCCUUUUUUAUUGCCUUGUCUUGAUCCAUUUACAAGCCGGCUGCAGCUCUGCAGCUCCCAUCCAUAAAGGCACCACCUAUGGAGCUCUUGGCUUGGCUAGUUAAAACUCCAGGGCUCGUAUUCAUAAAGCGUCAAGUAGGAGUGCUGCUCUAGGAUCAGUUUGCCCUUUUAGAUGAUAAUUAAUGGACCGAAGGGGCCCUAAUCUGAGAUCAGCAUCUGAGACUCAUUAUGAAUACCAGCCUAGAGGUUUAGGACUGGGGAGACUGGAGAGCAGUUUGCGUGUUAGAGACGAAGAUGGGACGACUGCUUAAUUGAUCUGUUGAUCAGAGCCACCGGGGCUUUGCUUCUGUUUAUAACAAAAGGGUUUGAUGGGAAAAUAAAGGGCCUCAUUGUUCCUUUGGAGUAAUUGUAACUGUUGCGUUAUGCAUGCAUCAUGCAUUAGAGACAGGGAGAGAUGGAGGGAUCAAGAGAGAAAGAGAAUGGGAGAGCUUUGAACAUAAAAGUGUUAGGGUUUGAUUGAUGUCUCCAUUCAUGAUGUUAUCGUGGCGUGAGGAGCGGGAUGGGAACUGAACCGCUGUGUGAUGCGUUUUAAAUGUGGCCUGUAGCAAAGCUCUGCUUUGUGAGCAUGGAGUGUCUUUGACAUCAGAGAUCUGAAAUCAUAGAACCACCCAAUGUGUGCUGUGUGUAUGUGAUGGAAAGCUGCUUUUUUACCCAUUGCGAAAUGUCGCCCUCGGUGCCCUCUUCUCUAUGACUCUAACUCAACUGCAUUCUUUAUGAUUUUGUAAAGAUAAGUUUGAACCCUUUCCUCUGUCCAUCCAUCCCUCUCCCACUGAGAAUGAACUUCCGCAGGGGCUUCUCUGUUGAGGACUUCUUCCUGUAUCAACCCUUUCCUUUCCUCCUCCCUCUCCCACCCAUCUUUAUCUUCAUUUUCAUCUUCUGUUCUAUUUCACCCAGGCUCAAUUUCCCCUGGGGUUUCCCUGACGAGUACUCCGUCAUGGGCACGUUCCGUAUGAUCAAGAACACGGUGAACAAGGUGUGGAACGUGUGGCAGGUGGUGGACGAGGACGGCCGGAAGCAGGCAGGGCUCAGGCUGAAUGGAGACCAGCGGGCCCUGGAGUACUUCCUGAUGGGCCAGGAUGGCAACCUGCAGACCGUCACCUUCCCAGGGCUCUCUGUGUUGUUCAACACCAAGUGGCACAAGGUGAUGGAAUAAGUGAUGGCACUCCUGGUUUGCUUUGCAAAAUCCAGUAACUAUCCCAAAAUUCCCCGGUUUUCCAGAAAUCCUGGAUGGAAGAUUCCCGGAAUCAGGAGGGAAUAAGAGGGAAAUCCUGGAAAGCCUGGGAAUUUUGAGAAUGUUACUGGAAAUGUGCAACACUACUCCUGGUACAAUGCAUUUUCUAAACUGACAUGAAUUACGGUGGCCCCUGAGGAUCAACAACAGUAACCCUAUAGCAUAUCCUUACAGUUGAUGAUUGGGGUGGAGAGAGACCAGGUCACCCUGUAUGUGGACUGUCAGCCCGUGGACAAGAAGCCCAUCAAGGGGAAAGGCCCCGUCAACACAGAGGGAGAUACGCUCAUUGGGAGGCUGGACGCUGAUGCUGAUGCUUCUGUUGUGGUGAGUGGGGCAGGGAUAGCCUGGUCCCAGAUCUGUUUGUGCUGUAUUGCCAACUCUUAUGGUCAUUGUUUGGCAUGACAAUAACCAUUGGAGUUGGUAAGACAACACAAACCGAUCUGGGAUCAGGCUAAGGCGGAGAAGGUGUUGGUUCCCCAGUGGUACUUUGUUAUACAGUAAGCAUUAUCAUAUGAGUUAUGUUAUGUUGAACCAUGACAUGCCAUGCCAUUCUAUGUUAUGUGAUCAAUAUCAUGCCAUUGUCUUGUUCUAGUUUGAACUCCAGUGGAUGUUGAUCCAUUGCGACCCGAAGAGAGCCAAUAGAGAGAACUGCCAGGAGCUGCCUGCCACAGAGGUAACAACAACAACCUUGUCUCCACCUGGUCUUUAAUUGCUUAGGGUUUGGGUUCAUAUCGACCAGCAACAUAGCUUUCACUAACUGGCUUCUGUGAAUCUGCACCUGCCAUGUGAGGAGAUAGGAUGGCCUGUUAUACUACUGUAGGAGUGCCAUGAUUACAAUACAUAUGUCAAAUAAGCACUUACUUCCAUACAGAGAGAAUACUGCCAGCUCUCACUCUCAAUUUAGCCUAGACACAUUUCAUGAAGUGACCCCAUUUUGUCAACAUAUUAAAGUCUGACUCCUCAGGACAGAAUUGUAUAUUAGCAUACAUGCUGUUAUGAGUGGGUAGAGUCAUAUUGUCCUGUAGACUGCAGAAAAGUUCCAGUCUUUCUUUAUGAUGCAAAUAUCAAUUUGACAAUGGUCUAUUCCCUCUAGCUUUGAGGGUAACCUUUGUGCUUACAGCAGUAUCUUUUCAGUACGCCAACACUAAAAUGAUACAGUGGACUAUAUACCACAGGGUCUGUUUACUAUAGAGACUAUAGGUUUACUAUGGGGUUCUGUAUGUAAAUGACAGCAUGAUAUGCUCACAGCCAGAGCCAUAGACAGAUCCUAUAUGACUCUGCUCACAGCCAGAGCCAUAGAUAGAUCCUAUAUGACUCUGCUCACAGCCAGAGCCAUAGACAGAUCCUAUAUGACUCUGCUCACAGCUAUUGUUUUUGGACAGGUACUGUAGCUUCUUCUGACACUUUGGGUGAAGGUGGUGUGACUACUUCACUAACUCUACAUGUUUCUUAUUUCUCCUGCUUCUUCAGAUGUAUGCCAAUGCUGAGGUAUUUAUCUUCUCUACCUUCUUUUUUCUUGGUGUUUUUGGGGCAAAUAAUCUACUUCAAUGCUCUGUUGCCUAAUUGCCUUGAUGCUUUGUUACUUUAGUGGCACAAUCAAACUCUGGCUGGAGUAAGAAGCUACUCCACUCCCCUCAGAGUGACCUUCACUCCUUCUCAAGUACUCAUCGACUGUGUUGUCUCUUCUCCCUCCAGCCUGACCCCAAGCCUGUCCCUGGCCCUUCCGGUCCCACCGGCCCUGAGGGGCCCCGGGGGCCACAUGGAGAGGACGGCAGAGACGGUAGAGAUGUAAGUCUAUCCACCCCAUCCAAACUACAUGUAGAAUGAAGAAUUAACCAUAGCGUUAUGUAAUUUACCAUGCUGGAUAUUGCCUCAAACUGCGUGAAUUGGUAGGAUAUCUUAGACAGACAGUACACACUUUUCUUAAUUCUCUAUUCUCAAUGACUAGAAUGGAUAACAACUGUCUUUCUUUUUUCUUACAGGGCCUUCCAGGUUCACCUGGCAGUGCUGGCAGUCCUGUAAGUGCGAGCUGUCAAAUUAUUAAAUGUAUUUAAUUCUCUAAGUAUUUAUUUGACUCUUUGUUGCCAUCCUGUAGCUUAACCUCAUUACUUACAAUCAAUUUAGCUGCAAAAAUAGAUCAGUGUUCUCUCCUCCACCCUGCCUGCCCCUUAUCUCUCUCUCUCUGUCUGUCCUGAUGAGAAUUGCACAUCUUUCAUUGAUUAAACGCUGACAGGCACUGUCACAGUGUAUCUUAGCAACGGCGGCGAGCGAUGCAGACCGAUGAUAAAGCUGUUUGUCUGAUUUUAUGUGUACAGAGCCAUACUUAGCUGUGGUUGUGUCUGCUAUAUGUGGCUGUUGUUGUGUCUGUAACUAGGCUGUCUGUUGUGUCUGUAACUAGGCUGUCUGUUGUGUAUGUAACUAGGCUGUCUGUUGUGUCUAUAACUAGGUAGUCUGUUGUGUCUGUUACUAGGUUGUCUGUUGUGUCUGUGUACAGAGCCAUACUUAGCUGUGGUUGUGUCUGCUAUAUGUGGCUGUUGUUGUGUAUGUAACUAGGCUGUAUGUUGUGUAUGUUACUAGGCUGUCAGUUGUGUCUGUAACUAGGCUGUCAGUUGUGUCUGUAACUAGGCUGUCUGCUGUGUCUGUAACUAGGCUGUCUGUUGUGUAUGUAACUAGGCUGUCUGUUGUGUCUGUAACUAGGCUGUCUGUUGUGUCUGUAACUAGGCUGUCUGUUGUGUCUGUAACUAGGCUGUCAGUUGUGUCUGUAACUAGGCUGUCAGUUGUGUCUGUAACUAGGCUGUCUGUUGUGUCUGUAACUAGGCUGUCUGUUGUGUCUGUAACUAGGCUGUCUGUUGUGUCUGUAACUAGGCUGUGUGUUGUGUCUGUAACUAGGCUGUCUGUUGUGUCUGUUACUAGGCCGUCUGUUGUGUCUGUAACUAGGCUGUCUGUUGUGUCUGUAACUAGGCUUUGUGUUGUGUCUGUAACUAGGAUGUGUGUUGUGUCUGUAACUAGGCUGUCUGUUGUGUCUGUUACUAGGCUGUCUGUUGUGUCUGUAACUAGGCUGUCUGUUGUGUCUGUAACUAGGCCAUCUGUUGUGUCUGUAACUAGGCUGUCUGUUGUGUCUGUAACUAGGCCAUCUGUUGUGUCUGUAACUAGGCCGUCAGUUGUGUCUGUAACUAGGCCGUCUGUUGUGUCUGUAACUAGGCUGUCUGUUGUGUCUGUAACUAGGCUGUCAAUUGUGUUUGUUACUAGGCUGUCUGUUGUGUCUGUAACUAGGCUGUCUGUUGUGUCUGUAACUGGGCUGUAUGUUGUGUCUGUAACUAGGCAGUCUGUUGUGUCUGUAACUAGGCUGUCUGUUGUGUCUGUAACUAGGCUGUCUGUUGUGUGUGUAACUAGGCUGUCUGUUGUGUCUGUUUCUCAGGGGGCCAAAGGGGACCAGGGGGAGAUCGGUCUUCCUGGACCUAGAGGCCUGCCUGGCCUACCAGGAGCUGCUGUAAGGAUCACUACCUCCUACUGUACUACACACAACACACAGCACCUGUCACAAACUCAGCCUCUAUUUUGUCUUGUGGAGCAAGAAGGGUUGUUCUCUAUCACCUUAUUCAUUGAACCAUUAACAGCAGCUAUCCACAACUCAACUGAUAUUAUUAGAAUUGAAGCUGGUGGUGAGAGAACGUUUUAGUGAAUCAAUGAUUUCUUCUCUUUUUAAUGAAGGGAAUACCUGGUUUAAUGGGCCCAAGAGGACCUGUGGGUGAGAGAGUGAGUUUUUUUUCUUACCAGAACCUACUCAAGAAACUAUAUCUUCCUAAUAACUGUUACAGCAGGGACAAUGUUAACUAAUAUUUGACUGUUCUGUGUCUAAUAACAGGGACUUCAAGGGUUUCCUGGGCCAGCAGGCUCUCCCGUAAGUAUCCACUAUCUUUGUCAUCUUUAGAUCGUCAUAUAUUAAUGGAAACAUUUUGCUGAUAUUUAUAGCCAUCAAGCCAUGGAACAUGUCAGACCACUUCAUUUCUAUAGCUAAAUAAUAUGAUUUGUCUGAUAGCUUUUUCUCUCAUUUCCCAGGGACCUGAGACAGCUGGACCCCCCGUAUGUAUUACAAACUCUUCAACAUCUUUAGAGAAUAUUCACCCCAUGUUCUAAACAGCAUUAAGACAACAUACAGUCUUUUAAUCGAGCCCUACUAAGGGGCUAUAGAAUAAUCAUAUAACUUGUGUAUGUCGCUCCUACAGGGCCCACCUGGGAAAGCAGGAACUCCAGGAGAUGAGGGGAACAUUGGGCCUGAGGUCAGUGUUCAAAUAAGGAUCACAUCCUACACAACUACAGUAUAUGACUGAUUAAACAGAACACAUUCAGCAAUAAAAACAUACAGGAUAUUUUUCAAGUUUUAUUAGUCGUAUGUACAGGAUACACAUGGUAUACAUUGUCCAACGAAAUGCUUACUUGCAGGUUCCUUUUUGACAAUACAACAACAAUAAGAAAUAAUAUAAGAUAAGAAUAUGAACGGAAAGUAAAUGGCUCAGUAGAAUAUAAUAAAUAUUUUGGCAUAAUGUGCUGCUUCCGGAAUCUGUUUCAUUGGUCCUUUUGAUAUUCUAUGGACCAUUUUGUUACUAAAAUAUAUCAGACUUGUCAGUGUCUAGCAGGACAUUCUAGGUGUUUGAGCUCUAAAUGCAAUUAUCUAUUGUUAUCAGGGUGCCCCCGGGCCUAGAGGGGGUCUGGGUCUCCCUGGUCCCCCUGGUCUACCAGGACCACCUGGACCUGUGGUAAGUACUGAUGCUAACCUUUUACUUCUGGAUCUAACCUGAAAUUAGUGAAUUCAAUAUCUGUAUCAUCAUGUGAAUUGAGCUCUGUUUUCCCAACUUGGAGUCUGACCGAUGUUUCUAUCUGUUGAGGAUUCAGAUGUGGCUUUGUCUCUUUGGUCUUUCCCAUUAACCUAAGUAUUUAUUUUAUCAAUAUUGUCAUAAGAGUUCUCUCCGACCAUUAGUGUGGCGUCUUAACCCUGAUGUAGAGUGAUAAUCAGUAUCACUCCUGCAUUACUUGACGUUGAUUGCACAGCCUCGAACACUGGAGAUCUUUGCUGUAGCGUUUGUAGACAUUUAAACUCUGUUUUAGAUGUCACUCCAUAGAGAUAUGUACUGUUUCAUCUCUGUCACUCGCUCUGCUGUGUUUUAGGGACCACCAGGGGCUGGCAAAGCUGAGGGGAGUGGGGAAGAUGUGAGUCUCUUUUUACCAUCUUUCACAGGGUUAAACCAUCUUUCACAGGGUCUGCUAGAGGGUGGGACUAGGUCAGGGGUCUCCAACCCUGUUCCUGGAGAGCUACCCUCCUGUACGUUUUCGCUCCAACCCCCAUUUGUAACUAACUUGGUUCAGUUUAAUCAACCAGCUAAUUAUUAUUAUCAGGUGUGCUUGAGUAGAGUUGAAGUGAAAACCUACAGGACGGUAGCUCUCCAGGAACAGGUUUGGAGAGCCCUGGACUAGGUGCUUCAGAGCCUAAUGUUGUUGCAAUAACUACACUUCAACUUAAUUCACACUUCCUUUAUAAACUGUUGUUGUUGCUGUCAUUUAAUUCUGACAAACAUGCAUGUGGAAAAUUGGUAGCUAUAGUGUUCUUCGGUCAGUAGCUAUCGAAUAGGAGGUGAGCCCCCUGCAGGUGUAGUAAUAAUGUAAUGUAUGUGUCUGUCUGUUUGUCUGCAGUGCCCCACUGCCUGUCCAUCUGGACCACAGGGAAACCCAGGGCUACCAGGGAUGAAGGUGAGGAAUCUUAAUGACAGACACUGAAUGAAUACAUACCUGGCUUUGGGCAACAGAGCCCUUAUCAUCAUUCACACCAUUGUGGCCAUUGGUUUUCUCUGAGAUACCAGUAUCUAAUAAUUGAAUGGAUUGAUGUAGGGCUUUUCCAGAUGCUCAAAGUGCUUUACAUUGUACGGGGAAACUCACCGUAUGAACUACCAAUGUGUAGAGUUUCUGAUAAUAGUUUGAUGACAUGUCGUCUCCAGGGGCACAAGGGAUUACCAGGUGAUAAUGGAGCUGCGGGGGAAGCAGGACAAAAGGUAUGACAAGCAAUCAAUUAUCAUGUUUAGUGAAGAAGUGUGAUGUUUGACAAUGUGCUUAAGUAUAGUACAUUGGAAGGUUAGGAUGAUUAUUCAAGCGUACAAAUCACUACAUGUGAGUAUUUGUGCUUUUCCUAUGUUGCUAAUCCACAGGGUGAACCAGGACCAUCUGGGGUGCAGGGCCUACCAGGCAAGAUGGGAGAGGAUGUAAGAACCCUCCUUGCUCUAAAAGAUACCAACACAUACAGGCUGAUCUAUUUUACCUCACUGUCUGAUAACGAAAAUCCCGAAGUCUCUUGUUUUGUCCUUUCUAUACUUCAGUGUUUCUGUUCCAAGCAGAACAUAGGUAAUGAGCAUACCAACAUGUUACAUAGGAUUGCUGCCUCAAGCGUAAAUCGGUAUCUUGAGCAUAGUAAAAUGUAACAUAGGAUUUCUGCCUAAAGCGCAAAAUUAGUAUCUUGCGCAUUCAAAGAUGGUACGUAGGAUUUCUGCUUUAAGUGGAAAUUGCUCAUACAACCAGCCAUUUAUAACUGUUUAAUGUUUUUGCUGUGCAUCACUGUGAAUCAUAUAAAAUAUGAUUCAUUUUAACAUCUGUAAUACAUUCCAGGGACAAAGAGGUCCUAUUGGUUUUGCUGGUACUCUUGGAGAUAAAGGAGACAGGGUAAGGGUUUCAAACAAUAUUUACUUAUUGACGUUUUACUUUAGUGUUGAGGGUCUUAAACUCACGAUCCGUGUUCUCUGCUCCUCUCAGGGUCUCCCUGGUUUCAACGGCAUCCCAGGACCCACUGGACCACCGGGAUCUCCUGUAAGCACUACUUAUUUAAUUACUGUAACUCAAUCAAUUUUAACUGCCAUUUUCAAUCAAUGUCCAUAGACAGACUGGAGGACAGACUAUGGUUGACAUUACCUAGGGCUGAACAGUGUUUUCCAAAAUGUCUUCCGUUUUGUACUGUAGUGACUGACCAAUCGUCUUCUGUUAGGGUGUGGAGGGCAUUCGUGGACGUCAGGGUCCGGAGGGAGAAAAAGGUGAUGACGUGAGUAUCUCCUCCCUUCUACCUCUAGAGUUUUUACUUUCUGUUCGCCUUAAAUUGUUUCAUCGCCUUAAAUUGUUUCAUGGUUAAUUGCAUGUGUGUUUUCUCAGGGAGCCAUCGGUCCUCAAGGAGAGCAGGGUCCUGUUGGUGCAAAGGGAGACUCUGUGAGUAAACAUACAAUACAACAUCAAUUGACCUUAUGUCCUUACCAAUAAGUUAUCAGAUGCAUGCGAGAUCCUUUUGUAUUGUUAGUUGUAUAGUUAGAUUGACCUGAAUAAUUAAGCUUUUGCAACAUCUCUCUUAUCUCUUAUGAGUGUGAUUAUGAUGCUGAGUUGUUGUUGUUGUUGUUGUUAUUGUUGUUGUUGUGAUCAAUGAUGAACUGUGAUUACAGGGUACUCCUGGGGCAGACGGCAUGGAUGGACUCCCUGGAGUGGAUGGAGCUAAAGUUAGUCUAUGCUUUAUGACUACUGUACAUAUAUAGUUUAAAUAAAGAGAAUGUAUCCAGUCUUACAAGAUCUGUCAAGAAAUCAAUAGUUUAUCCUAGGAACAUACUUGUCAUCUUUCCAACAGGGAGAAGCUGGUGUUCACGGGAUUAUCGGAAUCAGGGGUAUCGUCGGAAUUCCAGUGAGUCUAAUAUUAAUCUGUGACAUCUAAAAUAAAUAUUAUUCAUCUACAAAUAUCAUUGUAGAUUAGUUGACCUUACAAGGUUUUGCUGGUAUUAAAAAGAAAGCAAAAGCUGUGAAAAUCAAUAGAGCGGUUGCCUUCCAGUCAAACCACACUGCAGACCAGAUUAAUAAAUCAUUUAGAAGCAAACAGCCAAGCGGAAGGAAAAAUCCAAUAAAACCACAACCUUCCCAUCAUAGCCUGUCUGGCUGAUAGGUUAUACAGGUCAGAGGACAUGGCAGGGAAAACUAAAUCAACAGAAACAACACAACAAGGAAGUAGUCUAUCCCUUAUAUUGUAGUGCGUUCAAAAAUACCAAUAUACUGUACGGUAUUCUGAGGAUAUCCUGUGUUGUUUCUCUAGGGGUUACCAGGAAAGCAGGGGCUAGUUGGAGCUGGAGGUGCCAAGGUAAAGUGUGUGUGUGUGUGUGUGUGUGUGUGUGUCUGUGUCUGUGUCUGUGUCUGUGUCUCUGUGUCUGUGUCUGUGUCUGUGUCUCUGUGUCUGUGUCUGUGUCUCUGUGUCUGUGUGUCUUAGGUACAGUUUAAUUCCUUGUGUUUGUCUAUUGUAAAACAGUAUGCUUUUUGUACAGGGUGAUACAGGAGCUGAUGGACCAGUAGGACCAAUCGGAGUUCCUGGGAAAACAGUGAGUAUCAAAUUUCACACUUUAGUGUUUACAAUCACUCAACACUGCUAGCCAUGACUGUGGAUCCAUAUUCUACUAAUGGGGCUGAAGAUGCUUAAUAAGACUGUCAUGUUUGUUUAGGGGGAAACUGGACCAGCAGGAGAAGAUGGAAAACCAGGAGACAAGGGAGCUACUGUAAGUUGAACAUUUUUAACAUUUUAUUCUAGUUAUUCUGCUUAUAAUAAUCUGUUAUUAAAUAUACAGUAGUAUGAGUGUCAUGCACACUGCUCAUCAAGAACAACCCCUAUCUGAUGGUAACAAUGAGCUGAUAGCUAACCUCAUAUAAGUCAUAGAGUACCUUUAAUGACAUUUAAUUGAUCCUGCAUCACUCUCCUCAGGGUGAUACAGGAAAGCAGGGACCAGUGGGGGUCACAGGUGAUACAGGCAUCCAGGGUGACAAAGGGGACAAAGGUGACACUGGUAUAAAGGGACUGAAGGGUCACACUGGAGAUAAGGGAGAACAGGUGAGUCCUGAUGUGUAGCUUAUUGUUUUGGUAAUAGUUGUCAGUUUGUAAAUGAAGGGGUUUGAAUGACUUCUAAUUUCCUGUGUCUUGUUCCUAGGGUCCUAUUGGUCCCAUUGGCCCAAAGGGAAGUGAAGUAAGUCUAUGGAUUCACGUCAAUACCAUAUAUCAUGUCAACAAUGAGACAGUAUUCUUUUGUAAGAUACAGUAUCUGUAUUGACAAUCUUACCUCUGUCCACAGGGUGAUCCAGGUCUUACAGGCGAUUCUGGAGUCAAGGGAGACCAGGUAUAUGUUCUACUGAGCGAUACAUUUGAUCUAGCUUUAGUAUUCCCCUGUAUUUGUAGUGAUACAAUGGUCCUCAUUCAUUCCAUUGUUGUUUCUAUAGGGUCCUCCUGGUGUUCCUGGAAUCAAAGGAGAGGUACAGAACAAUGUUACAGUUUAAUUGAUUGAUUGAUUGAUUGGUUGAUUGAUUGAUGGAUGGAAUAAUUGAAUUCGUUAUGGUAUACAGUAAACAUUUAAGUCAUGUUGUGUUGUCCACUGGCCUCUAGGUUGGAGAGAAGGGCAUGAAGGGAUAUACCGGGGAAGAUGGUAGACCAGGGCAGCCGGGUCAUGAGGGUUUGACCGGUCCCCAGGGAGCCAAUGGACUAGAGGGAGAGAGAGGGUUAACAGGAUCACCUGGGCCUAGGGGCCUACCUGUAAGUACCUUCUUCAUGAAGUGAACGAAGACUGUAAAACACAAGUACUAAAUACUUUUUGGAAUGGAGUGACAUAUAAAUGUUCUAGUAUUAAUUAAUAUACUGUACUUUUUCUACUUCCAAAUCCAAUAGGGUCCUAAAGUGAAUAAUAUCAAACUUCGCGAACUAUGCUCAGCAAUUGUUGAAGGUAUAUUCAUAUUGUGUACACACUAACAAUUGUAGCUCAAGGCAGUCUACCAUGUAGGGUGCUUUGUUAAACUGACAUUUUAAUCAUUCUCUCCAUCUAGAACACUUGGCAGAGUUUAAGAAGGAGGUCCUGAAGAAACCAGCAGCGAUCGGGGCCCCAGGCAUGGCAGGACUGCCGGGCCCUCCAGGUCCCCCGGGCCCAGCAGGGACUACAGGAGAAGCCGGCCCCAGAGGACUGAUGGGAAUGAAAGGACCACAUGGAUACUUUGGGUUACCAGGCACACCUGGAAAACAAGGUAAUGGGGAAUUAUGUAUCAAUAACUCACUAGAUAAAGGUGAUAAAGAACUGUAUAAAGAACUGAUCAUUCCAAUUGAAUACUUGGGCCAUCUUGGAAAUGCCAAUUUCAUUGUGUACAGUAGAGAACAUAGAAACUACAACUAGAAAAGUAUAUACUCAGUCCAAACAGUUAGACAGCACUCAGUGCUCAGCACGCUGGUAGAAUGGCCUUCUAUUUGUCCAUUAUAGUGUAUUUCUGUAGAGGGCCCACAGCCGUACUAACGGAUGCAAUCUAUUUCUUAAUUAAACCUUUUAGAGAAAUAUAGCAAUGUCUGGCCACCAGGUCCAUUGUCUCCACAGUACUGUAGCUUAGUGCUCUGAAAGAGCUUGCAGUGUGUUCUCUGUAGAUGAGUCACGCAUUCACAUCCAGGACUGAAUCAGACAACACAGCACUUAAAUCCCUCUCUGUUAAAUCCUUUUAAUUGCAUCCCUGUUAUUCACACAAACGCACCCGCACACACACAAGCACGGGCACACACACACACACACCUCCUGUGGGGAUAAUAGCCCAUUUCAGACAGUCAAUGUACAUGUGAAAGGUAAUGCCUUGUUCUUCUCUGUAGGUGAACCUGGUGUAAAGGGGGAUACAGGUAUUAAGGGAGAAAAUGGAGUUGGAAUCCCAGGAACUCCAGGCAAGCCAGGCCCUCAAGGUAACACCACCCCUCCCCCCAUUCUUAUCUCGCCUAAGACCUGAAGAUUUGAGCUCCUCAAGUUUAUACGAAGGCUUUAUCUCAGCGGGCUAACACAGUCUGGUGUCGCUCAAGAGACCUGGGUUCAAACUCAGUCGGUCACACAUUGACAUGAGGGGAUAUUGUUCAGUACCUGUUUCUGUUAUUUCCCUCAUCCUUUGUCUCUCUCUCAGGUGCAGCUGGCAUCCCAGGCAUCGGGAAGGACGGUAAAGAUGGAGCUCCCGGUAAAGACGGUGUUAACGGUAGCCCAGGUGCCUCUGGUCCCAGGGGAGCUACAGGAGCCCCAGGCUAUUGUGACCCCUCAAACUGUAUAGGCAGGCCCCCACCUCUCUACCUGAUGAGUGGGGGGAAGAAAUCCUCCAGCUACAGCAAGGGGCCGUGAGGAACACAAACAGAAGCUCGGAACACAUUCCGGAACACAUUCCAUCUCUAGCAGCAGCAAGAGAGACAUGAGGUACCCAGUCUCCAUCAUCACACCAGAAAACCAAAGAGAAACACAAUGGGAAACAGAGACAAGGCAAAUGUAAUUUAGAAUACUGUAUAGAUAUUUUUCUAACUUUUCAUCUUUUUGACUGAUGCAUCAUUUUCUUGUAGAGCGAGCUUAUCUGAUGUUGUGCUUUCUAAGACAGCUGCUAUUGAUUUUAAGCUAGCCUUUCAACUGGCGAGUGGCCCAUCAUGGCUCAAGUGAUGUCCCAAAGACAAAUACAAACUACACAAACUUCUAAAAUGAACAUAUUGUUCAAUUCAUGCUGUUCAAUUCAUACCCACAGCUUCAAGCUUACUCUCUCACUCUCAGACGUACUGUAUGUUGGGCAGACAAACAGGGCACUAUGUUGGUUUUCAAGUAAUACAAAGGUAAAUACUGUGCCGUUUUCUUCUAUGCAUGUACUGUUUAAUUCCUUGUUUAAAUAAAGUCAUCAAAAACGUCCUCUCCAGCACCAUGUACAGUACGAAGCUUUUCACAAAUAACAAAACCGCAAACUGUGCUUUGGAAUCAUUCAUUUUCAAUGUUGAUCAAUAAACAAUAACAGAAAAAGUCAUAGACCGUCACGAGCCAUAGACCGAUAUUGGUAGUUCAUGUUUUCAUUCAGUCACUUGAUCAUAGGAUAAUCUAUGGUUGUACAGUACAAGUACACGUUUUCCCCUGUUUUGUUUUCUAACAAUGUAAUAAACUGAUUCGUUUGGGAAAGAUUUC